GUCCCGGGGUCCCUAGUUCUCCAGAGGCUCUCAGGAGCGCCUGGCCUUAGCACAGUUGCAAAAGCAGCAGAACUUGGUGGUCUGUUUUUCUUUCUUCCUUGCCACUCGGGCUGGCUCCCAGAAUCCUGGGAUCGGCUGGAGGGACCAGAGUCUUGGUGAUAGGAUGGGAAAUAGUGCCCUCCGCGCUCACGUAGAAACGGCGCAGAAAACUGGUGUCUUUCAGCUUAAGGACCGUGGACUGACCGAGUUCCCCUCAGAUUUGCAGAAACUGACAAGCAACCUUAGGACCAUAGACUUGUCCAACAACAAGAUAGAGAGCCUACCGCCUCUGCUGAUAGGGAAGUUCACUUUGCUGAAGAGCCUCUCCCUGAACAACAACAAACUGAAUAUUCUACCUGAUGAAUUAUGCAAUCUGAAAAAACUAGACACUCUAAGCCUAAACAACAAUAACCUGAGAGAGCUGCCAUCUACCUUUGGGCAGCUUUCUGCCCUCAAGACCUUGAGCCUUUCUGGGAACCAGCUGGGAGCACUACCACCCCAACUUUGUAGCCUACGGCACCUAGAUGUGGUAGAUCUCUCUAAGAACCAGAUUCGGAGUAUACCUGACAUCGUGGGGGAGCUGCAGGUCAUCGAACUCAAUCUCAACCAGAACCAGAUAUCUCAGAUCUCAGUAAAGAUAUCUUGCUGUCCUCGCCUUAAAGUUCUUCGCCUGGAAGAGAACUGUCUUGAGCUCAGCAUGCUUCCACAGAGCAUCCUCAGUGAUUCCCAGAUCUGUCUGCUUGCUGUGGAAGGCAAUCUUUUUGAAAUAAAGAAACUUCGAGAACUAGAAGGCUAUGAUAAGUACAUGGAGAGGUUCACAGCCACCAAGAAGAAGUUUGCAUGAUGUUCUCCAGGACCAUGGGAACCUUACAGGACAAUGAUAUGGAAACUCUGUUGGAAUCUGGCUGAAGCUAAGACUCUUGUUGUUGUCAAGGAUAUCUGCAGUAAGGAGAUGACACUCCAGGAGAUUGUUUCGCUCAAUGAUCUCUUUUCCUUUUCAGGGCUAUCUCAAACAAGCUAAAAAAAAAAAAGGAGUCAGGAGACAGGAAGAGUCCUCCAUUUUGACUCAUGGA